UUAGGCUUCUUACUCAGAAGCCGAGCGGGUGAGGUGGUUGCGAUUCUUGCUCAGGACUUGUGGAAAUGCGCAUGUACAGGGCCAUUAGAGCCUAGACAUUGGAUAAAAGAGGUUGCUUGGCGUUCACUGAAAGUCAGUGAGAGGUCAAAGGGGCCUGAGAUUCUGCCAUGAAGAGGGUCUACAGGUUGCCCGGUGAGGACCAGAAACGAUGCAACGAAACGAGCAACAGAGACGAUGGGAGGAGUCACGGGGAUGCCAUGCCAGGCAUCUUUGACAGCUCAGUGCCCGAGCUCCACAAGGCUGCCCGCAAGGGCGACAAGGCCAAGGUGGAGCGUCUCCUCCAGAAACCGGACACAGUUUACAGAGACAGCAAGCAAAGGACUGCUCUGCAUUAUGCCAGUGCCUAUGGCCAUCCAGAAGUGGUGAGACUCCUGAUACAGAAAAAGUUUGACCUUAAUGCCUUGGACAGUGACCAUGACACCGCUCUGAUUAAGGCUGUAAAAUGCUACGAGGAAGACUGUGUUAGUAUUCUCCUGGAGCAUGGUGCAAAUCCAAAUAUUACCAAUGCCAAGGGCAACACUGCUCUGCAUUAUGCAGUUUACAGUUCAAAGUCUUCACUAGCAGCAAAACUGCUUUCGCAUGGUGCCGAUGCUGAGGCAAAAAACAAGGAAGGCCUCACACCACUUAGGCUUGCUCUAAUGGCAAACAGAAUGGAAACGGCAACAUUGUUAAAAAAGACAGGAACAAAGAAUGUGGUGAAUGAGCCGGAAAGAAAAAAUUCUCAAUGUGAAAAAAAGGAAUCUUCAAAUUCUGACAAUAGCCCUGCAGUGGUUUCAAGUGAAUCUGAGACUUCUUUAACACCAGGCAAGUACCCCUCCACUCAGGUGUAUCUUUUGCUCCAAGAAGUUUGUUUUUUAUAUCAGGUUUUAGUUCACAGCAAAAUUAAGAGGAUAUCCAAAAAUUUCUGGUUUAUUAUGUGCCUCUCACACAUGGGUUGCUUUCCUCAGGGGCCAGAGGCCUCCACUACAUUAGAAUGCUUGUUAUAGACUAUGAUUUACAGGGGUCCAUCGUUACCAUCCGAAGUGUCACUUUUAGUGUUCUCUAUCAGAUGGCUGUUUUAAAAUGUGUAGCAUAUUUACUGUUGCAUCUAUGUUUAUUCUUUAUUUUUUCUUAACACUGCAGAAUUCAGAAGUAUUUAAGAAAUUAAGUAUAGGAAAUUUAUAAUCUAAAAUACUCCAUUUAUUUAAUUUUUACUUCAGA